AGAAUUACGUCAAUCGAGUGGUAAACUUCCGUUGAAAGACUAUAAAUUCUCGUGCGUCGUCCCGAAUGAGAGAUGCGAUUGCAAAAUGAACAUCGUCAUCUUGCUUUUAUUUGUCCUGAAUGCGUAUGAAAGUGAAGGCAGCUAUGAUUAUAUAAUAGUGGGAUCGGGACCAUCAGGAGCAGCACUGGCCAACAGGUUAUCCACCAAUCCUAAUGUAUACGUACUUCUUCUGGAAGCGGGUGAACGACCCAAUUUGCUAACCGAAGUUCCUUCUUAUUACUUCUAUCUUUACGGAUCUUCUUACGAUUGGAAUUACAACGUCACCUUCCCCAAAUUCCCAAACAUGGAAAGAAGACCACCCGUUCACUUGCCUCAUGGCAAAGGACUGGGAGGUGAGAGCCUUAUCAACUCCAUGCUCUACAUCAGAGGUAACAGGAAAGAUUUCGAUAAUUGGGAGAAGAAGGGAGCGUGCGGAUGGGGUUGGAGAGAGAUUUUUCCUUUGUUUCGCAGGUCCGAACGUAAUUUAAAUCCAGAUGUAGCCAAUAACGGCUAUCAUGGAACAAAGGGCGAAAUGUUUGUCCAACGUCCAGCUUUCAUCACGCACUUAGCAGGUAAGUAUCUGCAAGCUGCCCAAGAAUUGGGAUUUAAACUUGGAGACGUCAACGGUAAAAAUCAAUCGGUUUUCAGCAUUCCUCAAAUUAUCAGCAAAGAUGGAAGACGAUGGGGUGUAGAUAAGGCGUUUAUUUACCCUAUUGAAGGAAGGUGGAAUCUCAAUAUUGCUACCAAGGCCCUAGUUAAAAAGAUAAUCAUUAGAAAUAAAGUGGCUAUUGGAGUAGAAUACGAUUUUGAUGGGGUAAGGAGAAAAGCUUACGCUAGAGAAGAAGUGAUAUUAGCAGCGGGAGCCAUCAGAUCUCCUCAAUUGUUGAUGCUGUCGGGAAUUGGCCCGAUUCGGCAACUGUCAAAUUUUCGGAUACCAGUACUGUCGAAUCUUCCAGUGGGAGAAAACUUGCAUGAUCAUUCCGUAUUCAGCAUCCCUCUCUACAAGGUUGACAACUUGACUGUAUCGGAGAAAGACUAUAAAGAAUUUUUCGAACGCGGCACAGGUCUUUUAUCAAUUUCUCCGACCGAAGUCGUGGGUUUCUUCAGCACCAUUUACAACGAGGAUUACGAUUGGCCAGAUGCAGAAAUAGUUCUCGUCACCUUGCCCUCCUCUGUGUUUUCUUCCUCGUGGGAUCAAGGAAGAGCAACCGUCAUAUGUGCUAAUAUGGUGCAGAGACCGAAGAGUCGCGGUAGACUGACAUUAAGAGGCAGAGAUCCACGAACUCCUCCUCUUAUAGAGGGCAUGUAUUUAUAUAAAGAUGAAGACGCAAAUGUCCUGGUCGAAGGUAUAAAAAUGUGCCUCAAAUUAGGAAAUACGCAGGCUAUGAGGGGAAUCGGAGAUAGAAUACCACCCCCGAGUAUUCCCGCUUGCAAUAACCAUCCUGCAGCGAGCGACGAAUACUAUCGUUGUUUGGGCAGGCAGUUAGCGACACCCGGUUACCACGUGGUAGGCACGUGCAAGAUGGGUGAUCCCAAUGACCAUACUACCGUAGUAGACUUCGAUCUAAAAGUGAAGGGGAUCAAAAAUUUACGUGUGGCCGAUUCGUCUAUCGCUCCCGAAGUCAUCACCGGAUGUACAUUCGCACUGGAUGUUUUAAUUGGAGAAAAAGCCGCCGAUUUGAUCUUCAGGGAUUAUUAUGCAAAAGUGGGCAACGCAAAGAACCCGUUUACUGAAUAAAAAUGAUGGGAAUUUUUUUUAAUAUAUUAAAAAACUGUAACAAGUAGAAAAUUAAUAGAUUAUUCGAUGUAUUUGCAAUAACGAACAUUAAAAUGUUCUCUAAAAAGUUAAUACUUUAUUCAAAUUUUUAAACAGUGGGGCAGUGUGUCGCAUAAAAUCCCAAAUUACUGAAGUUUUAAGUAAUUUUCUCGAAUAUGCGACUUCGAAUGUGCGUUAAUCGGAAAUUUAGACACGCUUCGGAGUCAUUGUAAACACUAGCAGCUUGAAUGUAAAAAUCAAUUUUUUUUUCGAUUUUAAUAAAUGAAAUAACAGGUUUUUAA